ACUAACGCCAAAGCUAUAACAAACCAUGUUUGUGCUGUCCGCCGCUACAGAUAAGAUCUCGGUUCCCGGGAUCUUCCGCUCGAAGGCGCGCGAGGAGAUCCGCUUGAGGUUGGCUCCGCAGCAGUUGCCUUUGAAACACGGCUCCCUGCCCUUAAAAAACUCAGUUACGUAUCAGAGCGACUCGCUGUCGAUUAAUUCGAGCGAGACGAUUACUACCCGGGUCAGCGAGUCUGAGGUAAAACGGACGUCGUCGCGGACAUCGUCGUCGUCGCGGACGUCCUCAUCGUCGUUAUUGCGCAAGUUUACGUUUGGAAGGAAACAGACGAUCAGUGAAGACGAUGUGGAGAUGAACGACGCGGAUAACUGCGUCGUUGCAGUCGCGGAAGUUGCACCGCAUGAGUUGCGCCCCUACCCGUCGAAUAUCACAGCCGACUCGGAGAACUCUGGAUAUUCCGGGUACACGAGCUCGGGGUACGAGUCGCUCUUUUCGCGCGCGAGCGCGCACACAGGGACAUCGACGGUUAUGGACACGUCCGGACGCCCUUACAUCAUGCUCGAACACGUCAUUCCGUUGCACUUCCACGACAUGUACGCGCCCGAGAUUCUCGCCAAUCCACAGAUCGCGAUGCUCCCCAACGGGCGCCCAGCCUUCACGUCACGCGACCUCGUCGACUGGGAGCUCAACGAUAUUCGUUCGCUCCUCAUUCUCGACCGGAUCCCACCCGAGUGGCUCGCGACGCUCUGGCCGCACAGCCUCCCGCUUGUGGUUGCACAGAGUGCGGCGAAGACCGAGCCCCAGCUCUUCCAAAUUGCGUAUCUUCCCACUAAUGCCAGCGACGAGACGUAUGUGCAGACGCUCGUGGAGUGCGAGAUCUACAAGGAGUCGAAGUUCAAUGUGCAGUUCCGCGCACAGACCGCGCGCUACACAGUGGGCGCUGCACGCGGCAAGAAGGGUGCGGACGCACCCUUUUCCAAACCCGAAUGGCGCAAUAUCAUCGAGAACUUUAUGUUGAACCUUGCAAUUGAGAGCCAGUGCCGUGCGGACUACAAGCGUGUUUGCGGCGAAAUCGUGCGCGCGCGCAAGCAAGACGGGAGUUACAAGAAGGUCAGCCACAAGACCAAGAAUGGGCUCCUUCACGCGGCGAUCUUCAAUGAUGUUUCGUCCAAAACACCGAUCAAGCAGAAGAGCCAUCGCUUGACGUCCGACGAAAAGGCCGCUGUCUGGAGCAACAUCCAGGCGAACGUGUACCAGCGUCUUGGACUUGACUGGGCCCCCGAUCAGGCCUGAAGGAUUCUGACGAUUUGUUCGAAGCUGGGCUACUUUGAACUAAUUACAGGUCAAUUUGAAAGGGCGCCUGAAGCUUACGAAUUAACAGAUGAUCCAUUACUUUUGGAUGCUCUCUGCUUUUGGACGCUCCUUAUGGCUUGACACUAUGCCAGAUAAUUCGUCUAUUUCUUCAUUUCAUCGUCACUCAUGACUAUUUAUUUUUGUCUUUCUGUUUUCGGUUCGGUUUUUUUUUUGGUGUUGGGUCUGCCCUUUAUGGCAGAAGAAUAUAUAC